AUGGUUCGCUCACCAAGAAAAAAAAGCAGUCGCAAAACGACACAAACUACUCAAUACGAGCAUGCUUCUCCACCAAAAAAGAGAACUAAGAAUGAAACAAGAAAGAGAAAGCCGGAAAAGGUGGAAGCAGAAGUUGAGGAGGAGGAGGAGGAGGAGGAGGAGGAGGAAGAAAACCAAUCAGAGCCGCCAGAAGAUGAGGAGGAAGAAGGACACCAAGAGCCCCCAGAAGACGGUUCAGAUGAUGAUGACGUUCCAGCUCGUCCAGCUCGAGUUCACAAAAGAUCCAAAAGAUCUCAAAAAGUGACCAAAAGUUCGGACAAAGAUACUUUAGUGUCAAAUAUGGCACAAAAAGUCACCGAUUUUAAAAAGACCGAUUUUCACAAACUCCGACAAGUUGUGUUAGGUUUCGGUGGAGAGAUCGCUGAACGUUUCAACAUAUUGAAUAUCGGAGAUGACUGGAAACAGUAUUCUUGUUGCAUAAAGCAUUGUUGCAAGCUUUUUGGUGCGAGUAAUACGAUUGGAGCUCAAUCAUGGAUUUCUCUCAAUUAUAACUUCGGUAAAAGAGUAAAUUUCGAUGCAAAUGGAAAUCUGCAAAUUGUUUUGACUGCUGGAUCUGACUCUGGAAGACUAUCUUGUUUUCCGUCUGUUUAUGAAUGCUUUGUCGAUUCAAGAUUGAAGGAGGCAGUUAUGGCAAUCGAAACUCCUUCAGAUGUUUUCAUUGAAGACGAGCACAGACAGUUGGAAUCUUCACAAUUCCAGUUCCAAAAGGCAGCAAGAUGGUGUUCUCUCAUCACUCAAUGGAUGAAUUGGAGUCGCGGGGAGGAAGAAGUGCAAGCAAAUCUUCGAAAAUUCAAAGUCGAUAAGAAAAACUUUGAUUAUCUCUUUGUUAGCAACAUUUUUCUCCCAUUGUGGCAAGGAAUUCGUCAUGGUAGUCGGUGUGCCGACUGUUUCUAUGCAGAAUCUCUGCAUUCGUCUAUCGAUGGUGUUUUGCAAGGAUUGACCAGGAUUAUUCCAAUAAAAGUCGAAUUGGCAUAUGCUAAUAUGCGAAUUUUAUCCAGUUUUGGUGGUCAGAAAAAGACAACAGAAACUUUCGCCACAUCGGAUGCGCCGCCACAAGAUCGCAACAUGGUUUCCGAGAUCGUCACGGCACUCGCCGAUAACGAGUACAAGUAUGACUAUCCAUUUGGCUUGUUUAAGCCAAAAUUAGUUAUCGGAAAAGAUCCUGAAGCGAAAAACGCUCUCAACCCAUGUAAUUUGGAGACGGUUUUUUUUCUAAAAAAUCCAGAAUGGAAAUGUUUGGACAACGAGAAGUUUGAUAUCAACGAUAUCGUGGAAUCUUUGAAACAAGUACAUGAUGAUGAAGGCUCGGACCUUUCAAUGGGUGACGAAGAAGCGGAUGAUCAAGGUUCCAAUGACGGAGGUUCCACUUCAGAUUUGCCUCUGCCAUUGGAUGAUAAUCAUGAUCCAAGAUACUACCAUACGCCAAGAAGAGUCGACAUCAUCGAUGAUGAAGAAUACUCGGACACUUCGAUGGGUGGCCAUCCAAUCGAUGAAAGAAGAAAUAAAAGACAAGAUGACGUCGAAUUCGACCCACCUGGAAACUACGGAUUUCCAUCUCCACCAAGACGAAGAGAAAGUCCACAUUCUCCAGCUCAGAUUGUUUUCCCGUCUGACCCAAACGUUCCGUCAACUUCGACUGGAAUUGGCCCAUCAAUUCUUCGUCCUCCACGCCUAUCGGCCCAUUUUCCACUCACAUCGACUCCACGUCGCCAAAUUCUCCGAGUUCAAAGCAAUUUGAACCGUUCAAAAUCUGAUACUCCGGUAACUGAUAGUUUUAAUAAUAAUUGGAAGGGAAUAUUCAAGAAAAUUGAAAAAAUUUAA